GCCAGCGACCGACCAAUCGACCGACUCGGCAGAUCAUCGCAUCGCACGCAAUGGCCACCGUCCCCAUAGUUUUUAACAAAGAAAAGCAGCAAGAGAUCGCGAUUGUUUUCUUCACGCGACUGUUUUUGACAGCAGCUGGUCGCGCGCCGAACUACAACCCUGGUCUGUUAAAAACACGCACACAAAAAGCAAAAAAACACGCGAUUUGCCGGCACGAUGAAGGAAACUGUUUUAACGAAUAAUGAAAAGAGUUUUGUCCAAAAAGCUAUUUUGGAAUCGAUCCGUGUCGACGGUCGAAAACUCGAUGAGUUCCGAAAACUGCGGAUCAGCUUCGGCAGCGAGUGGGGUAUGGUGCAUGUGCUGCUCGGACAGACCCGUGCGUUGGCGCGCGUUACCUGCGAAGUGGUCCAACCGAAAGCCACGCGCCCCAACGAAGGAAUGCUGUUCGUGAACGUGGAGUUGGGACCGAUGGCUGCGCCGCACUUUGACGGAGGGCGCCAAUCCGACGAGAGUGUCCAUUUGAAUCGGAUUCUUGAGCGUGCUCUCAAGGAUUCGGGAUGCGUCGAUCUGGAAUCACUUUGUCUGGUGGCGGAAGAGAAGGUGUGGAACUUGCGCAUCGAUGUGACCGUCCUGAACCACGAGGGUAACGUUAUCGACUGCUGUUCGAUCGCGGCGCUUACUGCGCUGGCACACUUCAAGCGGCCGGAUAUCACAGUCGACGGAGAGAAUGUGAUCGUGCACACGCUGGAAGAGAAGGAACCGAUUAAGGUGACGCUGUUCCACUAUCCGAUCUGUGUGAGCUACGCCAUCUUCAACAAGGGUACGGUCGCUGUGGCGGAUCCCUCAUAUCUGGAGGAACGGGUGGCCGAGGCCAUGAUGGUGUUCGGUAUCAAUUCGUACGGUGAGCUAUGCGGACUGCAUCUGGGAGGAAUAACGCUCACGAGUGCGGAUCUACUGCUACGAACCUCAGUGAAGGCCAGCAAACGAGCCCGGAUGCUGGUGGAAAAGAUCAAAGCGGCCAUCGCGAAAGAUGCAGCCGAUCGUGAAAAGGGCUUACCGGUCGGGUUUACCGAGAGCAUCGAAAGGAACGAAGUAACAGUGCACGCACAGGACCGGUUGCAGGUGCGCCUGAAGCAUUUCAAAUUGCGUGGAGCAGCAAAUGACGAUUCAGCGGAUGAGAAUGAUGAAGAGCCGGAGGAGCAAGAGGACGAAAGUGUAGAGAAAAUGGACGCUGCCGGGGCGAGCGAAAACAUCCUGCGACUUGAUACGAACCCAGAGGAGGAAUCGAUGGAAGAGGACAUUGUUGAAUGCGGAGACAGUGGCGCGGUUUUGGUUCCGAAAUCAACCACCAAUCAGUGGCUUACGGAAGAAGAGUUGAUGGCAGUGGAGAGGAAGGGCAAGAUGAAACGGCCCAAAACUCCGGAGAAGACGGCAAAGAAGAAAAAAGUCCAGACAAAGUCGGACACCAUUGAAGUCGACGGUAGCAGUGAUGAAGAAACGGUGACCCUUACAGCCUCCGAUUUGUGAAAAAUAAAUCAAAAUGUGUUUAUCCUGA